CCCAUAAUGCCAUACGUGGGCUCGUUCGUUUGACGUCACGCAUCUCGCCAGGUACAGGAGUCCAUCGUGCUAAAUGAAAACAACUGUAACAUAAACUUCAUUAAUUACGCGUGUGCAAACGGAGUCACGUUUUGGAAGGAUAAUGGCAGAGAAACCUCAGGUGGUCAAUAAUUUACCAGAGGACAUUGAGACUGAUGAGUGCAUGAGCACAUAUACACACAUCUACAGCCCUGAUCUGCUCAUUGAUCAGGUGGCCUUUAUAACCGGUGGCGGAUCAGGUAUUGGGUUUCGAAUAGCAGAAGUUCUGAUGAGGCAUGGGUGUGACACGGUCAUCGCCAGCAGAAAUCUGGAGAAACUAACAGAGGCUGCAAAAAAGUUAAGCAGCACUACAAGCAGACGGUGUUUGCCGAUUGGCAUGGAUGUACGUCAGCCAGAGACGAUUUCUGCUGCCAUGGAUGAAACCUUGAAGACUUUUGGACGUGUUGACAUACUUAUAAACAAUGCUGCAGGUAAUUUCCUGUGUCCAGCUACAUCGCUGUCAUUUAACGCUUUCAAGACCGUAAUGGAGAUCGACACUAUGGGAACCUUCAACACCAGUAAAGUCAUCUAUGACAAAUGGUUCAAGGAUCAUGGCGGCUCCAUUGUCAACAUUUCUGCCACGCUGGGAUACAGAGGUCAGGCUCUCCAGGUGCAUGCUGGGUCAGCGAAGGCUGCAAACGAUGCCAUGACGAGGCACUUGGCGGUCGAGUGGGGCCCCAGUGGUGUGAGGGUGAACACAGUGGCUCCGGGGCCCAUCUCUGGCACAGAGGGAUACCGUAGACUGGGUGGUUCACAUGCCGAGUCAGCAGGGGUUUUCCGCAGCAUCCCGCUGCAAAGAGCCGGUAAUAAGACGGAGAUCGCACAUGCGGUUCUUUUCCUGGCCAGCCGUGCAGCUUCAUACAUCACCGGCGCGAUACUGGUCUCCGACGGAGGGGCGUGGCUUACCUCGGCCAAUGACGUGGAGCGGCUGCUGGGUAUUUUCUCAUCUCGCUCUGCAAAACUAUGAACAGACGACACCACACACAGGUUUUUGGUCUGCAGAGAAAAGAAAGGACAAAUAAUAGCACGAAUAUAAGAUUAAAUCAACAGCAAUGGACCAGUUGAUCAUACCAGCGUCUGUAUGAUUGUUGAAUGCUACAAAAACGCCCAUUUUAUUCUUCACCCCAAAAGUAAAGAACAAAAUAACUGAUUAUAUUCUGUGUUAAGAAAAUUAAACCUAAUUUUAGGACUUCCACCCAAAUGAUACUUUUAACAUUUUCCAAUUCUCAUUGGAUUAUCAGCAUAAAUUAAUCUCAGUACAAAGAACAAGUUACAAUUAUAAUCAUAUUAAAAUUUUUCCCACUUUA